CGGCGCGGAGCCCGGCGGGGCGGCAGGAGCGCGGCGCCAUGUGGCGGGCGCGGUAUGUCACCGUGCAGCAGCUCGCCGGCUUCCGCCGCUACGAGUACUGUGCUGUGGAUACAAACCCUUUAUCUGUGUAUGUUAUGCAGCCCAUCUGGGACAAAAUUAUUAAGAUCGUGCCUUUGUGGAUUGCUCCCAAUGUGUUAACAUUCUCUGGAUUUGUGAUGAUUUUAGUUAAUUAUUUUCUAAUAUCGUUUUAUGACUGGGACUACACUGCCUCAGGUACCAGCCCUGGACUCGUUCCAACCUGGGUGUGGCUGUUCAGUGCUUUUACCACCUUGGGUGCUUAUACUUUAGACUCCAUAGAUGGGAAACACGCUCGAAGGACUCAGUCCAGUACUCCCCUGGGAGAAUUAUUUGACCAUGGACUGGAUAGCUGGGCUACCUCCAUUUUUGUGCUUUCUUUUUUUUCUGUCUGUUCCCGUGACAAUGGGAAGACUGGAGUUUCUGUAUAUACAAUGUAUUUAUAUUUAAGCAUUGUCUUGUUUAACUUUAUGUGUUCACACUGGGAAAAAUAUAACACAGGAGUUCUUUUUCUUCCUUGGGGAUAUGAUCUAAGCCAAGUGGUAUUAAUAGCAGCAUAUCUGCUGACUGGUGCUGUUGGUGUGGAAGUUUGGCACAAGCCUGUCCUGUUUGGUUAUUACAUUACAGAUAUAUUAGUAAUCUUGCUAAUCGGCUUCAGUUUAUUUCUUUCAUUUCCACAAACACUAUACAACAUUCACAGAGCACAUUUAAAGAAAACACUGAAGAAUGAUUCUUUGUAUGAAGGACUGCUACCUCUUGUGUCACCUCUGUUGCUGUUCAUUCUUCUUACAGUCUGGGUUGCUUUAUCGCCAGGCAACAUAUUAGCAAAGCAACCAAGAUUGUUUUUGUGGAUGGUUGGGGUUACUUUCUCAAAUGUUAUUUGCAGAGUGAUCGUGUGCCAGAUGAGCGGCACCAGGCCCCCGCUCUUCCACUGGCUCCUGUUCCCGCUGGCUCUUGUGGUCUACGCAGCGAUCUCGGGGCUCCUGGGCUGGACGGAAGAGGCGGCGCUCGCCGUCUUCACCGCCUUCGCCACGGCCGCGCACGUGCACUAUGGCGCUUGCGUGAGCUUUCGCCGUCCUCCUUCUUGCCACUGUCGCUCCAAAGUCCUGGAUCACUGCAGCCUGGGUUACACGGGAUCUUUGGUAUUUCAUAACCAGCACUGGCUUCGUCCGUCCGUGCCGGCUCCGUUUUCCACGUUUCCGUGUUCGUUGCCUCACCUCUCAUCUCUUCCGUACAGCCUCACGGAGGGCUGCCCACAUUCAGGCCGCUCUUCACCUCCAACGAACGCACGAAGAAAAGAGAACAAGAUGAGAAAAGGAUGGGCACAGCAAAGCGCUUUCCAGAGCUGGUUAGCUGAGUGCCGGCUGACCGGCGUCUGUCCGCAUGCGGCCUCCAGGCAGGAGGCAGUGGCCUUGACAGCUAUUUUCUAUGCAGUAACAAGCACUUUACUGAUAUUUAAGUACCAACAAACCUUUGAAGAUUCUCAUAUUCACUGCAAAACUAGUGUCUGACCGAUAGGCUCAGCACACGGCUUUCUAAACCAGGAAGCGAGUGGUGGGAAAUGGGCCAGGUUCGCUCAUUCUGCAUAUUUUUAAACCUCAUCUAUCAGUGCAAAAUGCUAAGCAAGUAAUUAUUUGCCUGUACUCUUGAAUUAAAUCUUGUGAUUUUAGAUAAUGACUAAAAAAAACUGAGGCAAGUUUUUUAACACUAGACAUUUACAUGCAGAUGUAAACUGCUACCUUCAUACGUAAGGUAAUGUAGGUUUUCUGCAUGCCUUGGCGGAAGGAUGAGGGCUUUGAGUUUCGACUCUUUUCAUGUGCUGCCCUCGCCAAAGGACUCUGUGGCCUUGAAGCACUAAUGAAACAAUCUGCCUGCUUCCCCAUGAAACGUUAUCUUAUGUAUCUUGCACAGAGGAAUGUGAUGGACUGACUGGCAUUUUUGUUAUAUAGUUAAGUAUCUGACUUGCCAGAAGCAGGGCAGAAGCAGAGUUGUUUAGCCAGUAAGCCUUAAGUUCACCUUUUUAAAUUCUGAAUAUCUGGUUUUAUCUUUUGCUUAUUCAUAUUUUCCCCCAGUCAAUGUUUUCUUACAUCAGUACUGCUUAUUAAUAUGUUCAGGUGAGCGCCUACUAGUUACAUCUCCCACCUGUGCGUUACGUGAACUGCCCCGGUUUAGAUUUGCGUGGCCAGUUACAGAAGGUGAGCUGCAGGUUUUCAAACCUACCACAGAGUUAGCAGAGUAGGUUUCCCCUGGCAGCUAAGUUAACAUACAAGCCAGGAGACAAGUCUGCAUAGCAGGUGACAGGAGAAGUGAGAGUUUGAUAUAGGCAUGCACUCAGCAAUCUCACUGUGCAACGAAGGUAAAUGUCGAGGUGCCAGAUACACUGGAAAAGUCUCACCUAUUUUGGCCGUUUAUUUUUAACCCGUUCAUCAAGCAUCUGGAGGAAGCCCUGAUGAGAAAAGCAUUAGAAUACAGCAAACAAUGUCUGGAUUAAAAGUGGUUGUGUGGAAGAACUGCUUGGAUAGGCCUUCCUGCUGUUCCCCAUUUAUUUAUAAAACAGUUGGAAAUAAGGGACAAUUUGAUGCACUGUACUGGAAUACUUCGAAAAUACUUCAACAAGUAAAACUGUAAAACUUGAAAGCCACUGGCUUUCUAAGGAAAAGUAUAGUAUCAAUUUUAAAAGUAAUUAAGCUCUGACCAGCUUUUUUGUAUUUCAUAUAGUCAUAGCAAAUAACUUUUUUUUCCUUUUUAAAGCUACUUGUCAAUGGAAGUUGUAUAAAGACAAGUAUAAACAUAAAUGCUGCAUUGCACAGUGUAUAUACUGAAUUGUUUGCCAUCACAGAUGGUAACUGGCUUAACAAAAGGAAAUAAAGAUGCUUUGGUCA